AGAAACAAAACAAAGCAAGUAAAAGAAAAAAAAAAGAUAUAGAGAGAGAGACAUUGAUAUCAUCAUCAUCAUCAUCCAACAUGGCAUCAUCAUCAAUCCUCAUCCCUCCGAUUCUCUCCCGUCGUAAUCUCCUCCUCUCCACCACCAUCGCCACCGUAUCUCCUCCACCACCUCCUAAACCACCUUCCCCAGACAUCACAAUCACCGAUCGCGUCUUCCUCGACUUCUCCCUCUGUCCCACCUACUUCCGCUCAGAUCCCUCCGCCACACUCUCCUCCACCACACCUUGCUCCGAUUCAACUCCUCUCGGCCGCGUCGUUCUCGGAUUAUACGGCCGUCACGUUCCCAUCACUGUUUCAACUUUCAAACGUAUGUGUACUUCUUCUUCUACUUCUUACAAAAACACUCCUGUCCACAAAAUCUUCCCUGGUCAGUAUUUUCUCGCCGGAAGACAAGGAGGAGGACGGCGAGAUACGGCGGAGGUUGGAUAUUCACUUAGAGAUUUGCCUCGGAACACUGACGUUGUUAAUUCUAAAGCUUUUUUGCUUUCUCAUGCUCGUGCUGGUGUUGUUUCUCUUUGUUUAUCUGAGAAUGAUGAUGAUGAUGACACUAGACUCGAUCCUGAUUAUAGAAAUGUUGAAUUCUUAAUCACUACUGGUCCUGCACCGUGCCCGCAGCUCGAUGGCGGUAACAUUGUAUUCGGAACUGUUCUUGAAGGAUUAGAUGUGGUGACCAGUAUAUCUUCGAUUCCUACGUAUAAGCCAUCCGAGAAUAUUAAACAGUUUAACGAUUUUGCGGAGUUUCUUGGAGAUGAGAGAGCUCAAAAUGCUAGAUCUUUGUGGAAUAGACCUCUCAAGACGGUUUACAUUAGUGGCUGUGGAGAGCUCAAGGUCACUAAUCCUUCACUUUCUCCAACUCUGCCUUAAUUAUCGUAUAUUCGUAUAUAUGUGUGUCAAAUUGUGUUUAUAAUCACUAUUUACAAUCCUGCUUCUGCUUCUUCUACUAUAUGAAAAUCAAAUUGUAAUUUAAUC